AUGGAGUCUGGCUUAGAAGAGCUCCGAGGCCACGAUGAUGAUCUGGUCGAGUCGCCCAGUCAAGUACAUCUAUCUGCUGAAGACAUUUCCGAUUUAUCGAUAAAAGUGCCAGGGGAAUCGCCUGAGCCUCGAGAGCAAGAGGAAAACAGACAGGAACAAUUGAUUUACCACUCUCUUACUACUUCUGCUGCUUGUGAAGGGAGAGAAGAGAGAGAAGAGAGAGAAGAGAGAGAAGAGAGAGAAGAGAGAGAAGAGAGAGAAGAGAGAGAAGAGAGAGAAGAGAGAGAAGAGAGAGAAGAGAGAGAAGAGAGAGAAGAGAGAGAAGAGAGAGAAGAGAGAGAAGAGAGAGAAGAGAGAGAAGGGAGAGAGGAGAAAGAGUGUGAAAGCAUGAAAGAGAGCAAGCCAUCUACUGAGGCUGGGGCGACCCCAUCCCUCCCAACAGGUUCUCAAAAUGAGCCACAAGAAGAGCAUCAUGAACAUUCGGCUGGUGAACAGGAUGACGAUCAAUUGCAGACCGAUCUGAACCAUGAACUACACAUUGCGAUCGAGAACGACGAUUUGAACAUGGUAACGAAGGUUCUCGAUGAGGGUGCCGAUCUAGAGGCACGGUUCUUCUACAGAUUCAACCCCGAUUUUGAUGUUAGUCGCGGUCUGACACCACUGCUGCUUGCAGCUGGACUAGGUCUUGGGGAUAUCUUCCAAUUACUUUUGGACCGAGGCGCAGACAUAUCGGCUAGGACGACCGAUCUUGAAGAACCUGCUUUUUAUAUUGCUGCUCGAUGUGGAAGAAUGAGCACUAUGGAAAUUGUGCUUGAAAAAUCUGGAGCAGACACCCUUGAAGACUCAAAUAAUCAAGGUCGAAGGCCACUUGGUGCUGCAGCAAUAAAUGGCCAUCUUGACGUCGUGAAUUUUCUGAUUUCUCGUGGCGCAGAUGUCACCGCCAAAGACGGCGACGGCUUUUCAUCAUUGCAUCUUGCCACUUACGAGGGGGAACUCAGUAUCGCCCAACGACUACUUGCAGAAAAUCCAGAGCUGUUAGAAGAUCGAGACUGUAAUGGGGAUACGAGCUUCGCAAUUGCAGCCUCUCUUGGCUUUUUACCCCUCGUGGAGUUUUUCAUGACCCAGAAAGCGGAUAUUUAUGCGAAAGGCAGAUAUGGCGGGACUGGAUGGCAUCUGUCAGCCAAGGAAGGACACAUUGACGUUAUCAAGAAGCUGUUUCAUCAUGAUCCCGGGUUUCGUGAUACACAGAAUGACCUUCAAGAGACGGCAUUGAUAUUGGCGGCCGGUGAUGGUCAUGUGUCUGUCGUUGAACAGCUCCUCUCCUGGGGGUCAGAUAUCGACGCCCGGAGAUAUAAUGACAACGGAGCCAUUCAUGGGGCUGCUCGAUACGGACAUGUCAAGAUGGCUGAGCUUCUGCUGCGUCAAAGGAGAGACCUUUUACAUUCCAGGGGGUUUAAUGGCCGAACACCCUUUUCAAUGGCAGCGGAGGAAGGUCAGCUGGCGAUGUGUGAGUUCCUAGCUGAAGAGGGAGCAGAUAUCACAACUAUGGAUCAGGAUGAAAACCAGCCGAUUCAUCUUGCUGCCGCCUUUGGUCAUCUCCCCAUUGUCGAAAGUCUCUUACGGAUGAAUCAGGAUCUCCUCAACGCGAGAGGAAAUCUAGGCCAGACAGCCCUUUUUCAAGCCCUGAUGUAUUCAACUUCGACUGUCGGCGAUUACCUCCUAUUCCAAAAAAAUGCGGACACCAGCAUCGUUGACCGGAAUUCGGCUACUAUACUUCAUGCUGCUGCACACAGAGGUCAUAUCAAGGCUUCAAAGUACAUCCUCCAAACGCAUCCUGAGAUAAUUGAUUACAAGGAUAUAAAGGGACAUACGGCUCUGGCUAUAGCUUCUACGUUUGGAUACUCUGACUUUGUCAUUGAUCUUUUGAACGAGGGCGCAGACGCCACACUUAAAAAUCAGAGUGGGCGUACUCCCCUGCACAUCGCGUGCUGCAAUGGAUAUUUAGAGAUCACCAGGCUUCUUUCCGGCCCACAAGCAAAAUACAGGUCUCGCAACAGCCAAAUUGCUUACAUCGGUGCCAACGAUAACGACGGUGACACUGCCUUGAUUGAUGCCAUUACAGAGAGUCACACUUCUAUUGCGCUUCAUCUUUUGGAGACGGAUAUUUUCUUCCCUCAAAGCCCUUCCAAUGUUGAUCCCUAUGUUUCGCGGGACAAGGAGAAGACCAAAGUCGAAGACUUCCUUAUGAAUCUUCUCCAGGAAGAAUCAGGCGAGGCGAAGCCUAAAAUAGAGGCAGCCACCUACUGGGCCAUUUCAAAUGGAAGAAAAUCACUGUUGAGCAAGUUUGUGAGCGACCAUGGGCUGGAUCUUAAAUCUUGGAGCCGAGGAGGACUAUCAUGUACUCAUGUGGCUUCUUUCGGUGACAAUGUUGAUCUGAUGAAGUACUUGCUCCUGGAUCAGGGGUGCCCAUUGACCUGUGAUCCGAAUGGCAUUUCACCAUUUCACAUUGCAGUGAAAUAUAACCAGGUUGACUUGGUGCAAAAGAUGAUCUUGUGGCUUGACAAGCCCGCCACGGAUGAUGGCUCAGUAUCAUCGAUUGAGCCCGAAGACCUCGCUCUACGUGAAAUUCAUGGUACUCGAAAUGGUGCCCGUUGCGCUAUUCUGAAGAAACAAAAGGAUGGCCACACAUCUAUCUCUUUGGCAGCUUCAGGGAGGUAUGAGAACCACCGGAGGCUUGAGGCACUCUUAUGGGACACCUUGGAUAGAAGCAUCGAACAGAACAAAAUCUUCGCCCCAGGUCAAGAGCUAGAUGAGGAGGCUCAUCUGAUUCUGGAGCUCGCUGCUCAGUUCGACGAUCCAGGAACCGAAAUUCAUUUGAGAGCCUAUCUCAAUCGCAUGAUGCAAGCUGAAGCUGCUCCGGUGGAAGAUACUACACUGCGCCUGGCAGUCCAUUGCCAGUUGCCAGUUGUGGUUUGGUGGCUUCUUUCCAAUGGAGGUUACCGCAGCGGAAAUCACAUUGAGGAUGCUCAAUGCCUAGUCGCUGAGUGGGACAAGCGGGAUGAACACGGCAGGUACACUCAAGUCCACAUCAGAAAGGACAUCAAAGAAAUCAUGAAUGAAGUUCUUGAGAACCCUCCUCCUCUUUUGAAGCAGGAAGCGUGGAGAUAUGAAGAGAAGCUACCGGAGUUUCAACAUAAAAAAGAGAAAUUCAGCUCGCUGAAAGGAACUGUCAUAGACUUCUUCCAUGAGGGGCACACGGCUUCCUUCCAACUCAAACGCCGUCCAAUAUCUGCCAUAAUCUACGAAGAAGGGCCUCAAAAGAUCAUGGAGCCAGGCAAGUAUGGCGACCUCAAAUCCAUCAAAGACAAGAUUACUCAGAAACCCGAUGGGCCUCCAUUGAAAUGGCGGAAAGACAAGCAUCAGAAAACCUUUGACCACACCAGUGGCGAUGACACUUCUGGUGCUCUGGUCAAAAAGCCCAAAGCCAGCCGCACAAAUGGUCCCACUUCCAAUGUGGAGCUCGAGGAAUCUAAUACGAAACGCAAAACUAAUGACCCAACUUGGGCCGCUCCUAUGCUGAGCGAGAAGACCACUGAAGCGCGAAAACCUCCAGACUUGAGGUGGAUCCAUAUCCCGGAGAACAAUGUAAGUAGUGAGCUAUAUCUGUGGAUAUCCGGCUUAUUAUGUCCUGUUUACUGA